GUUAUAUUUCUAUGAUGUAACGGUUACUUGUUCGAAGUUUGGACAAAUUUUUUUCACUAUUUUGAAGCAAAAACUGCCUGAAAAUGGAGAAAUCGAAUUCUUCCUCGUUUUCCACGUUCCAAAGGAACGUUCCGGCAACCAGUUCGAACACCAGUACACAUUCCAGGUCCUCAGAGCCAUGUAGAAGAAAACUAAACUACAACGAAGAAAAUUCAAACGAAACAGAUGAUGUAAAGGCUGCAGACAAAAGUAUUUUAUCCAGGAUAUCGUUGAACGACACUAGAAAAGUGCUGAGAAACGGUUUGGAUAGGAUCAAUAAGACAUUCAAUAACGUAAGGACUUCUGUAGGAUCCUUCACUCAGAUGUUUAAAACCUCAACGAAAAGACGACAGAUAUUGGAGGAAGGUCCUAUGACACCUAGCUGCAUGUCGCCUGAUUCGAGAGCACAAAAAGUUCUUGGAAGAACACCCACAAAAUUGUACAGCCCUUUUGGUAUUGAAAGUCCAUAUCGGAAAACUACUUGUGACAAAGAAAACAUUCCCAGGCCCACAGCAAUGGAAAAGAUAUCCAAAAAAAAUGGGACAAACGAUUAAUAACAGAUAGCACAUAGAUUGACAGUAUUUAUUUUUAUGAUCCAUAGUAUUAAUUAUAUUUAAGUAUAAUUUAUUUUAUUUUUAUUGAGAAUAAAUUUUGUACUUCAUUUUA